ACGUUUACUUCCUGUUAAGCACUGCGGCAACAACGUGGGUCCUGUACAACACACUAGUGUUGUACGUGUUGUGUUAUGUGUAUCCGCUACCUUGUGAAGGUUCAAACAUGCAGGUUUCUAGUGUGAAUGAUGUGAAGAUUUACAAUUUAAGCCAUGGAAAGUCCCUCCCGGAGUGGUUGUCAGACCGUAAGAAGAGACAACUGCAAAAGAAAGAUGUUGACAUCCAGCGCAGGAUUGAGCUUAUCCAAGAUUUUGAGAUGCCUACUGUGUGCACAUCCAUAAAGGUAUCUAGAGAUGGGCAGUUCAUCUUGGCAGCAGGCACUUACAAGCCCAGGUUUCGAUGCUAUGACGCCUUCCAGCUGUCACUGAAGUUUGAACGCUGCUUGGAUUCAGACGUUGUGGCCUUCGACAUACUGUCUGAUGACUACUCAAAGCUUGUGUUCCUGCACUCUGAUCGUUAUGUGGCGUUCCAUUCCCAGCAUGGUCACUACUACAAGACUCGAAUUCCAAAGUUUGGACGGGACUUUUCUUACCAUUAUCCCUCAUGUGAUAUUUAUUUUGUGGGAAGUAGUUCAGAGAUCUACAGACUGAAUCUUGAACAAGGUCGCUUCCUCAACUCACUUCAGACUGAUGCUGUGGAGCACAAUGUGUGCGACAUCAACCCUGUCCAUCAUUUGUUCGCCAGUGGAACCUCUGAGGGAAGGGUGGAAUGCUGGGACCCUCGUGUCCGGAAACGAGUGGGUCUUCUCGACUGUGCCCUCAACAGCCUCGCAGAAGGAAUGGAAGUUUUAAGUUUGCCCUCAAUAAGCGCACUGAAGUUUAACGGCUCCCUCUCCAUUGCAGUAGGCACCAGCACUGGACAGGUUCUGCUGUAUGACUUGCGCUCCAACCAACCACUGCUGGUGAAAGACCACUUCUACAAUCUGCCCAUUAAAUCGCUCAACUUCCACGAUGAGAUGGAUCUGGUUGUGUCGGCAGACGCCAAAAUAAUAAAAAUGUGGAACAAAGACAAUGGCAAAGUGUUCUCCUCCAUCCAGACUGAGAGCAACAUUAAUGACAUGUGCAUGUACCCCCACUCAGGUAUGCUGUUUACUGCCAAUGAAGAUCCUAAGAUGAACACAUUCUACAUCCCCGCUCUGGGCCCGGCACCUCGCUGGUGCUCCUUCCUUGACAACCUGACAGAGGAGCUGGAAGAGAGCCCUGAGAGCACCGUGUAUGACGACUACAAGUUUGUCACCCGCAAGGACUUGGAAACCUUGGGUUUGUCUCACCUGGUGGGCUCGUCCCUCCUGAGAGCGUACAUGCAUGGGUAUUUCAUGGACAUCAGACUCUAUCAUAAGGUCAAAAGCAUGGCAAAUCCUUUUGCAUUCGAAGAGUACCGCAAGGAUAAGAUCCGGCAGAAGAUUGAGGAGGCCAGAACUCAGAGAGUGCAGGUUAAGACUCUGCCUAAAGUCAACAAGGAGCUGGCUCUCAAAUUGAUGGAGGAGGGAGACAACGAAGUUGAGCUGGCUUCCAGGAAAAAGAAGGGCAAGGCCCUUCCCACCAUUUUGGGCGACGACCGCUUCAAGAUAAUGUUUGAAAACCCAGACUACCAGGUGGACGAGCAGAGCGAGGAGUUCCGCCUGCUCAAUCCCAUCGUCUCCAAAGUCAGCCAGAAGAGGAAGAAGAAGCUGCGUCUACUAGCUCAACAAGAUGCUGCUUCUCAGGAGGCCCAAGAGGAGGAGGAAGAGGAAGGUCGGGCCAGCUCUGAAGAGGAAAGCUCAGACGACGACAAGAGCUGGGUGGAGGAGGUGAGGGAGCAGCGUCGGCUACUGAAGCAAGAGGACCGAGACCGCCGGCGACAGGAGAGAAAAGACGCUGACCGCAACACCGUCCUGCUGGAGAGCAAGCGCAGCAGAGGAGAGCAAACCUCCAUUACUGCUGACAACAAGACGACGAACCGGCCUCAAUUCUAUCAGCUCAAAAGUGGGGAGGAGUUCCACAGUUUUAAUGACGUGUCCCACAAGCAGAAACUACAGAAGGCCUCCUUGGAGGAGCGUCUGAAGUUAGAGGAGCACUCUGAAACCAGCAACCUGGCUGACACUACAGUGGGCAGCAAGCAACUAACCUUUACUCUGAAAAAGUCUGAGCAGCAGAAGAAGCAGCAACAGGCAGAGCGGGAGCACCACGAGGAAAGGAAGAAGCUCCGGCGCUCAGCUGGACACUUGAGCAGCGCCCGAGGCAGGGGCUUGGCCGGCGGCAGAGGAAGAGGAAGAGGAAGACGCUAAGGAGGGAAGCUCAGUCUUCAACCAUCUCAAGUCAGUCACACCAAUUAGGCAGAUGUCCUCAAUGGCAGAAUAGUGUUUUUAAAUCCUUGACCCAUUCGCAAGACUUUCAGACUUGCCAAAUAGUUGUGGAAGUGCCCUUCCUUUUGGGUGGCCAUAACCAUUUGUAGAAGCUCUCUGUGUCCAGACUGUGUACAUGCAUUGAAAAGUCAUUAUCCAAAACACGAUAACUGUAUAUAUUUUUUUUUAUCUGUGAUUAGAUGCAAGUACUUGUUUCACUAUAUUUUAUAAUUUCAGACCAUGAAUGGGAUAAAAUAUGUGUUUGAGUGCUCUUUACUGGUGAGCUUGUACUAAAAAGUGUUUGAUAAAGUGUGUUUCAACAUUGUUUUUACUACCAAAGGUAGCCUCUAAAAAACAACUCCAACUGUGAGACUAUUCUUGCCUCUUCUCUUUUGCCAACUAGAGCCACCAUCUUUUGUAGCAGUUAGGCACCUACAUGUGUCAGCUGUAAAAGGAGGGGAGGGGGAGAAAUGUGAGUGUUUUUUUUUUUUUUAUCUAUUCUCCCACCAACAACUGCAGUUCUUGGAAAUGGGACCCCACCCCUCCACCCCCUUUUGCUCCCUAUGAACUCCCUUCUUGAUCAGCAUUGGCCUAUUUCCAGUGUGAGGGAGGGGGGUUUCAGUUGACCCACCACGUAGGCCCCAGACUCAUGUCAGUUUACCAUGCUUUUGCCCCAUGACUGGUAUAUUAGCAUGUAAAAUGUACAGAUUAACAUGCAACUGUCAAUCAAUACAUCUAUAUAUACAUACAUAUCAUCUAUCAUUUUAUUUCAGGGUAAUCACUAUUUCAUCACUAGGCCCACACUAGAAUGUGCAGAAUGUUUUCUCCAUACAAUACAUAAAUAAUGAGUGGUAAAGUUAUGUAAUUUCUAUUUUAGUCAUCUAAUUUUGAUUUUUAAUUUACAUUCACAAUGCUUCAGUUUCACCAUGACAACAGACAGUCUACAGGAAAUGGGUCAAGCCGCACUGGCACAAACAAUAAGGGAAUGGAUGUUCCACCAAAAUUAGGAAGGGUAACGUGAUAGAGUCAAUGGUAAAGACAGUGAGAGUUUGGUCUUCUUAAAGAUGUCACAGCAUCAGUACAUGAACUAAUACAGCUAAAGAAUGUAAAUUGCUCCUGAUUUUGGUUUCAGUUAAAAAUUGAAGCAUUAAUAUGAGUAGAAAGAAAAAAUUAUGUAACAGUUCUCAGAACAAAAACAGUUCAGUGUGAUUCAUCAUGUUUAGCUUUGCCUUACCGUAUUUACCAUCCUUUACCAUACCCUGCCUUUCAUGCGAGGUCAGCUGUGAUAGACUCCAGAAAAGCGAUGGAUGGAUGGUAGAUAAUACGACUGCAGUUCAACUUGCCCAAAAAGGAGUAGGAAGAGCAGAGCUUAUUUAAUAUUGUAUUAUUAGUUCUGAAUAUAAUGCAGUGCUGUUCUACACCACUGCAAAUUACAGCCACACUAACAACCUGAACGUUAUUUGGUCAAGGCGUGCUUAUAUGCUUAUACAACAUACAAUACAUGUGCAGGCGUAUCUCAUAUGAUGCAAUGUUGUGGCUCGUGAGUGUCAGACACCUGAGGGCAUAGAUUGUUGGGUCACAACCACAACACAGCUCUUUACACACCCUUUAAUCCACUUAACUACUGACCUAUUGCUUCUUAUCCAACAGUACCACACAACAGAUGCACUGUGUUGUCUGUCACGUUUGCCAUGUUUACAAUGGAGUUCAGUUAGGCAGAAGGUGAUAGGGAAGGACAGAAUAAAGUGGAUAUGGCUGGAAUAGUGCUUCAUUGAGACUAUGAAGCAAUCACAAGAACAUAGAUAUAAAAUAAUCCCUUAUUUGCAGUUAUUUGGUUCCAUGAAGUCGGAUUCCUUCUUUGUAAAUGUAAUAUUUUAAUAUUUAGAGAAUAGGAAACCUGUUUAUGACCUUCUAAAUAAGGUUUUUAACAUUAUUAGAGCCUUCUAGACAUGAAGUAACACCCCUAUGGUCACCUUUACACUCAUAUUGCCCUUUAUAGUGGACAUAAUAAGGUAAAUUAAGCCAUUUAAGACACAAAUAAGACUCAUGCUCGUGUGUUGAUGUACGUGUGUUCUGGUGCUAGGGGAGCUGAGUGGGGGCAGGCAGGAAGUGACAUCGUGUUAGGGUAGUAGCUCGUGUUAGGGAUCAGCUGCGAGGCAUAAUCCCUCAAGCAUGUCCUAGGUCUGCCCUGGGGCCUUCUCCUGGCUGGGAAUGCUCAAAACACCUCACCAGGGAGGUGACCGGGAGGCAUCUGGACUAGCUCCUUUCAAUGUGAAGGAACAGCACCUCUACUCUGAGCCCUCCCAGAUGACCGAGCUCCUCACUCUUAGGCUGAGUUCAGCCACUGACACGGUCAAAUGCCUUUUCCAAGUGGCAUGUACAUGUUGGGCAAACUCCCAAGUACCCUCCAGUACCCUUGCAAGGGUGUAGAGCUGGUCCAGUGUUCCGCGAGCGGGACAAAAAACACAUUGCACCUCCUGUAGCCGAAGUUCGACUAACGGUCGUACCCUUCUCUCCAGCACCCUGGAAUAGACUUUUGCAGGAAGGCUGAGGAGUGUGAUCCCCCUAUAGUUGGAACACACCCUCCGAUCACCCUUCUUGAAAAGGGGGGGACCACCACCCCGGUCUGCCAAUCCAGAGCUACUGUUUCCAACUUCCAUGCAAUGUUGAAGAGACGUGUCAGCCAAGACAGCCCCUCAACAUUCAGAGCCUUGAGGAAUUCACCCCCGGAGCUUUGCCACUGGUGAGCGUUUUGACCAGAUACCUCAGCCACAGUAAUGGAACUGUCCGCGUUCAUGUCCUCAGUCUCUGCUUACACUGUAAACAGUGUGGACCGGGCACUGCUUCCCCGUCGGAUGGUUUGCCAGAACCUCUUCGAGGCUGACUGAAAGUCUGCUCCACGGCCUCACCGAAACUCCUCCCACACCCGAGUUUUUGCUUCGACCACCGCCGAAGCCACGUGCCGCUUGGCCUGCCAGGACCUGUCAGCUGCUUCAAGAGUCCCACAAGCCAUCCAUGAUGAACAGGACUCCUUCAGCUUGAUAGCUGCCCUGACCUCUGGUGUCCAUCAUCGGGUUCGGGCCUUGCCGCCACGACUGGCACCAACCUCCUUGCGGCCGCAGCUCCGAUGGGCUUUCCAGCACCCCUCUGAUAGACUCCAAGAAGGCUGGGUACUCUGAACUGCCAUUUGGCGCAUAUGCACAAAAGGUCAGUCAAGACCCUUUUCCCAACCCGAAGGCGUAGGGAAGUCACCCUGUCAUUCACCGGGGAUGACUCCAACAUAGAGACACCAAGCCGCAGGGCUAUUAAUGUGCCCACACCAGCUCGCAGCCUCUCCCUGCAGCAAUUCCAGAGUAGAAUAAGGUCCAAGCUUCUCUCGAAGAGUUUGUUUCCAGAACCCAAACUGCGGGUCGAGGUGAGUCCGACUAUGUCUAGUCGGAAUGUCACCUAGGACCUGUUUGCCUUGGGACACCCCACCAGGGGAAUAUAUCCCCAGACAAUACAUUUUCUGGAAUAUAAAGGAAAUUGUGGGCUUUCCACCACAAUUUUCAACCAGUUAUGCAAUGUUGACACAUCUAUCCAAAGGUCACUUGGACCUCCAUCAGAGUAUCACCAAUGCAGUCACAUUCCUGUGGAGGUCAUCUUGAUACAGCUUUGUAGUAUCCUGUGGGGGCAAUGGUUUGUUCAACUUUUUUUUUUUUUUUUUUUUUUUUUUGUUUAGUUGAAAGUGAAGCAGUAAGCCUUUGCGUCAAUCUGUGUUUUAUGUGCAAAAGGAUCAAAGGAGUAAAAUGUGCUGAUGUCGACAGUUCAACAAUCUUUCAGGCCGACACAGAAAGAAAGAAAAAAAAUGCUGUAGUGAAAAUGCGAUCUUUUUUUUCCUUCCUUUUUUUGUCACUACAUUGCUAAGCAAACUAACUCUGGGCAAACCAACUCUGAAAGAAGGACUUGAUGAGUCAGCAGAGGACUAGAUGAAACAACUGUCCUAUACUACCAGUCAUGGAGAAGGCAAAGGGAAUUGUCAUAAUGGACUUUAAAUUCCAAAUGACAUUUAUUUGAGUAAUUCGCUCUGUCAGUCACACUGAUUAUCAACAACAGAAAACUCCAUGCAGUACAUCUUCAUCCCUACACUCAUUGGGACGGCAACUAUUCAUUACAAGAGCAAAGUGCAGUUUGUAUUGCUGACUUAUGUUGACUCUCGGUCCUACUUGGUCCCCCCACAAAACAAAAUGCAAAGCAAAGCAGUGCAGUGUUAAUAGUACAUUUCAAAGAGUCACAAAAGCCGUCAUUUAUUUAAAUGAGGUAAACGGCAUAGUAAUAAUAUUUAAGCAUAUUGUAUGUGUUUUUGGCCUAAAUUAAGCAUUUUUAAGCAUAAAAAUGGCUAAAUAAACAAAAAAAAUAUAAGGCAUUCAAUUCUACACUGAUCACUAGGUGUCAGUAAUGUUACUGUACUUCUGAGCUGCUGUUUAGUAUGGGCUGUAGAGGGUAGUGACAUACUACAUGCUGGGUUAGUGCUAGCUUUUAGGAAAUAAGUCUGUAGAAGGAGAGAACUAGGACGUAUUAAACUCUUCAUGCUGUGUUUUGAGCAUCUGCCUGUAAGACAUAGUGGUCUACAGUAUGUCUAUUUCAAAUACUGUAAAAAGGCUGACUAAUUUAAGCCAUCCUGAUGUGGUGUCAUUCAGCCACCAUUAGAUUACAAUGAUGAGACAAUAGCCACCAGGAAGUACGCUGUUCAGAACAAAACCCAAAGGAACUCUCCCAAUGCUUACGUGUGACUCUGUUAUGUUUUAUUGAUGUCUAAUGUGUCUUAUUAUGUGUUAUUAUGUCUACUAUAUUGGGUAAUAUGAGUGUAAAGGUGACCAUAGGUGUCUAGAGGGCCACUAUAAUGUUAAAAAAAAAUGUAGAAGGUUGUAAACAGGUAUGCUCUAACUACGAAUAUACGCUUGUUCUUUAUCCUAACACAGUACUUUGGUGAGCACAAUGACUCUUUCAACCUUGAUUUUGUAGCCUUCACAUUUCACAGUAGAACUGGAAGACAUUUCAACAUUAUCACAGCAAGAUGCUCUCCGUGAAUAGGAAUGUUGAACUCAUUCAGACAAAGCACAGUAUAUGGCUAUGCCAUAUAGUGCUGGACGAGCUGCAAAACCUACGUCAAGGCACAGCAAUUGUAAAAUUCCCAUUAUUUGAUUGAAAAAAAUCAUCAUAACAAGAAAUCCUGUUCUAUUCGAGUACUGUAGGUGGCUUGAUCCUUGAGCCUCCCUUAAAAGUUCCUUUUUUUGCGUAAGAAUUUAUUGCACUUAACACAAACCAGCGGGAAUAUGACUCAAAUGCGCCAAAACAAAUAAUAACAAUGCAAGUUGUUAUUUAAAUGAUUGUGGGGUGUCAUUAUCAAGAAACCAGAUGUUAGAUUUUUUGUAAGGGAAUGUUUGUCUAUGGGAAGAAAUAUGAUAUCGUCGUUGACUGUAUGUUUGUUGUAGAAUUUGGAGAGGAAAGUCAGUCUUCCAGAGAAGGCAGGGAAGGAAAACAGUGAGCCAGAUAGUCCUGAUAAAGACUCUUCAAAUAAAGAAAUUAUUGAUGAAGUCUGUUGUUGCCAUAGAAAAUUUCUUAGACACACCCCUAGGAGCUACAGACAUGCCUUAACACAUUUGGUGUGUAAUAUAUUUCCAGAAUUAAAAUAGUGAUUGCAGCUCAUUAUUUCAAAUCCCUUAAAAUGUUUAGUGCAAAAAAUCCUUCCAAAUUCUCAUCCAAAACGAGAUCAGUGUUUUUUUGGCAUAGUGAAGGGAUUGUUUUUCAUUUGUCAUUAUUCUUUGUACGACCAGUCCAGGGUGUACACACACCUCGCCAAAGUCAGCUGGGACAGGCUCCAGCAUACCCUCGCGACCCUCGUGAGGACAAGCGGCAUAGAAAAUGGAUGGAUGGAUUAUUCUUUGUAGAAAGUUAUUUUGAGCUACGUAUGUUAAGCAGAGUUGACACUUGCACGCAUUUUGCCUCCGCAUUGUCCAGCAAUUUGCCGUGGCAAUACUUUGUCAUUGCGCACUGUUUGCCUUCUGUUUACGCAUAAAUUACGCACUUAGCAUGCGAUUCGUCACUGAAAAUGGUGCUCAUUGGCAUGAAAUGACCAUGCCCCCGCACGACCUAUUUACACCUUGUCAAGUACAGUGUUCCCUCGCUACAUUGCGGUUCACCUUUCGCGGAUUCGCUGUUUCGCUGAUUUUUUAAAGUGCAAUUUUACUUCUUUUUUUUAAUUUUAAAUAGCGCAUUGUGUUCUGUGUCCUUGUGGUGUAUUAGAGCGAUCUAUCGGUGCUUUGAUGUGUGUCUGGUAUUUCAUUUACUACUGCUACCAGUAAAGGGUGUUAUAUCCUCAGGUGAGGGUUGAAGACAGUGCAGCUCCACUCCUACGAGCAUAUUGAGAACACACAGUAGACAAAAGCCAGAUAAAUAUAGAACCACAACAGUCCUUAUUGGCUAAGGGAGAACCCGCCCAUUGUGUUCUGCAUCCUGAUUGACUAUAUCAUUGUCAAUCAAUGUGCUUCAUGCCGUUUUCUUUUGUGGUCAAUAGUCGCUAGCAAACUAGCUAACUGUGUGAGCUGCUUGUUAACAGGCAAUAAAUAAUAGAAGAAGAAGCUAAAUGGCUUAAUCAAGGAGUAGGACGAGGAGGAGGACGACGGCAGGAGCAAUAUGUUUUAACAAGGAAACAUAACCGCUACAGCCGAACGGCGCCAGGACGAGGCAGUGGUCAGAGGAGUGAAUGCACGUGAGUCACUUAAUUUCUUGUGUCCAACCUAAUAGACUGAUCAUUAAAAUCCAAACGAAAUGUCAACUUUGAGAGUGUUUAUACAAGAGAGAAAUGUGAUCAAAUGUUAAUGCCUGUCUGAGAAAAGUCUAUAAAGUGUAUAGUGAGGGGUUUUACAGCCAUAAAACACAUAUAAUAAUUGGAAACAAAGUUGACUACUUCAUGGAUUUCACUUAAUACGGGCUGUUAUCCCCCACGAUAAACGAGAGAACACUGUACUGUGGACAUCGAGUGCCCACUGUUCCCGCAUGUGUAUGCAUUGCCACCACCAUUUCCCGCAUCCACGAAGCAGUCGUGGCAUUAUUUGGUCCCACUGCGUCCCGCGUGACGCCCCGCAACAGCAGGCAUCACCCCUAGGUUCAUUAAUUCCUCUAUUUGCAAGGCACCUACAAGAUGUUGAGCUACAGACAAGAAGCUCAUGCUAUAAAGAAAAGUAAGUCUAUAUUUUCCUGCAGCUGCAGGUAAAGAAUGUGCAGAGAGCAGGAAGGAGGCACCAAACUAGAAAAAAAAGAGGCACUGACAGUGUGGGAGAGGGAAUUGCUGAUUAGAAGACAUCGCUUUGGGGAUUAUCAUUAGUUAUUAACAGAAAAUCACAAGGAAGAUGCUACAGAAUUUACUUGAAUUCCCCCCAAAUUCAUGAGAAUUAGACGCGCUGACUCACGCUUUGAUACGCACAGCCCGCUUUGUUUGCACGUAGGUUGCGGUGAGUUCAUGUUGCAUUCACAACUAGUUCACAGAAAUUAUGCGUGCCACAAAUUUUGAACAUUUCAAAAUCUUAUUUUCGCAGUAUCACGCAGCCCUGCACAGUUUAUACAUGCUUCACACCUGUUAAUGACCAGUUUACUCACUGGCACGCAACAUUGUGUACCACUGCAGGGACAAAGUGCGUGCAAGUGUAAACGAGGCUUCACAAUGCUAAUUAUCUCAAUAACAAAUGCUAUCAUUCAAGUAGACCUCUGUGAGCCAGUCCGCAUCAUCCUAGGCAGUGGAAAUACUGUAAAUGACCAAGUCAUCUUUAUCAUUUAGGUUCUAAAUAUGGGGCACCACGUCUACAUCACAGUUAAAUGGGUGUGGGUUUAAAUCUCUGCUCAGGCAUCUCCAUGUGGAGUUUUCAUGUUCUUCCCUUGCUUGCGUGGGUUUUCUUAUUUUCCAUCGUCGAAAAACAUGCAUGUUAGGUUAGGUGAGAAAGUGAGUGUGAAUGGCUGGUUGUUCAUUGUACCCUGUGAUUGGCUGACACUAAGUCCCGUGUGUACCCCACCUCUCACUCAAAGUCAUGUGGGAUAGGCUCCAGCUCACCGGUGACCCUCAACAGGCUAAAGGUAAAAUGGUGGUUUUGAAAGUGUCGCUGUCGGAGCUGAAGUCUGCUUUUUCAAGAUGAUUAAGUUAUCAGUGUGUCAACAUGCUCGCCACAGCAAAUUCAGCCAUUCCACUGAGUUCAACAUGGCAAAGAGACUUCAGUUAAAGCGGUCAAUAAAUACCAUAAGUACCAUCUGCUAAUCCUAGUGUGAAGCAGAUGAGCACUUGGACUCGGCUGUCCUGUCAGUGGCAGCCUGGGCCAACCUAAAACUCUUAAGUACUUAGGUCACGACUUCCUGGAUUAUACGUGCUAAAUACUUAUGGAGACUGUUGUCUUUAACCUCUUGACUCCCCACACAGACUUAACAGGAUAAAUGAACAAAAACGUUUACCGUAAACAUUGUUGGCACUAGCUCUAUGCAGAGUGACAGUGUGAUUGCUGUGACCUUUUAAAUGUGACUAUUAAAUACUUGUCAUCGGCACUUUGACUUGUAGCAUGAUUUAUAUAGCUCAGUUAUUUAUUUGCUAAAUGUAUCUAUCCAUCCAUUUUCUGCCUCUUAUCCUGUUUAUCGGUGUCAACAGGGGAGAAAGCAAAGAAUAAAAAAAGAUUACAAAAAUGUGCACAUGUAUGUAUAUGUGUGUUUGUAUGUAUACAUAUAUGUAUUAGCACUUGAAACCAUACAUUGGUCUAUGCAUUGUAAAUAUGCUAUUUGUAAUGAAAGCGCUGGUUAUGCGAAGGGUCAGUAUCCACACUACUAAUCUAAUAUGUCUUGUUUAUGCCCCGUUCAUG